AUGCUCCAACAUUGGCUUUUGAUAUUUGCGUUUAUUAAUCAUCAAAUUUAUUGCUUCAAUAUUAUUCCUUUGGCAUAUUCGACACUUCACGAAAAUACUGAAAGCAUUCACGAACUUGAUGGAGAUGUGGAGAAAAGAUUUUAUCUUGAAAUCAGUGAUGAAACCUCGCCAUUCUUCUUGUUCAUUACCCCAUGUGGGUCACCAAUUCACUGGCAAUUGUUCGAAAUUGAUAAAGAUAUAACACAUGGUGAGGAAUUCAGAGUAGUUUCGGACCUUAGCGUUUCUUUGGAUCGAGCCGAAAAGUUCAAAUUAAUCGCUGGGGAGGAGGAUACGAAGAGAAUGACAUUCUUCUCACACCACCUUGAAAAUAAAAAAAUUAUGCUCGUGAUCUAUUCUCACGGGAUUUCCUCCUGCCGCAUAUUUUUCUCGCCAUCACUACUCCGAGUUGAGGAUCAAUAUCCAGCUCUUCCUCAUGACACUAGACUUGCCACCACUGUCGAGACUUUCAAAGGAGAUGCUUCAGCCGUGAUCACAUGGAAAAUCGCAGCGCAUGUUAAAAAUGCCGAGCCAGGAAGAUAUCGAAUUUGCACCAUUGUGUCUCGUCGAGAACCAAAAUGGCCACUUUGCGAUCAUAUCGACGAUGGAGUUGAAAAUAUUCGAUGUGUUCCGCAAACCAACAAUUCGAUUCUCAUUCCAUCUCUAAGACGCGACAAGCUUUAUUAUGUAACUGUCUUUGUUCGAGAUUACAAAAGAGGAACGACAUCUGCUUACGAAACACAAACCAUCAGAACAGAGUCCCCUUUUCUUCGACGUCAAACUCGCACUGGUAUCACUCGACGUCAAAAGAAAACAACACCACGAGUUUUGACCAAUUCGAAAAUCCGGACUGCUCACCUUGAAGCCAAAAAAGGCGCGUUCGUCAACUACCGUUUCUCUGUUGUUCCCACCGAUUCGGCAAAACAAUCAGCGAUGCUCAUCGUGCACGCAUGCAACGGACUUGUUCGCCUCAAUAUUUUCCGCAAUGGAAAGAUUCUCAAGAGAAGUGAACCAUUCUCCGGAUUCAGGCGAUUCGUUGUGACAAACAUCCCUCAAGGGCAUCUUCGAUUCCAGCUGGUGAAUGACGACGAUAAUGCGAAAUCAAUUCGAAUCUGGGCAGGCACCAAUCUCACCACAUCUCCGUACCCAACACUUCCAGAUGAGACCAGCGUGAAAAUUGUUGGAAGAACAUGCACGACCGCUUCCAUUCAAUGGCUUCGAGCAUUGGAAUCGAACGUAAAAUACUGUGUUUAUAAGCGAAAGGAAAAUUCGAAUUUUCUCGAGAAUCUCGUCAGCUUGGUCGGCAACCUUUGUGAAGGUGGCCUCUCCUCGUCGACAUUUGUCGGUUGUUACACACAGUCGCCAUCAUUUUCCGCGUCUUUGAUCGAAACGACCAUCCCCAAUUUGGAGCCAGCUAGCACUUAUAGAUUUGAUCUUCUUGCCACUCCUACUGAUAGAGCUCAUCCACAAGCGCUUCCUUAUAGAACUGUCUGGGUGCAAACCAACAAAUCAUGCUAA